UGUAAUUUAAUGACGCGCGGUAUGAAAGAAGUCUGAGAGAGGUUAAGUAACUUGUUAUGGAACAUAAUUUUGCGGACAAGAGUAAAUCAAUCGUAUAAGGAUAAUGUAUCGCAUAAUUUGAAGUGAUACAAUCGAUCAACAUGCUCUCACAGAUCAUGAGGAACAUCCUUACACGGAGUAAGAAUCCUGCAUUGUUAAAACGAUCGCCGUGUAAGAUUACAGAUCUUGUGUCAGGUCGUGUUAAUUAUACUCGCAAUAUUCACAUCAGCGGAUUUCGAGGUAAAGACGACAAAAAGAAUGACAAGCCAUCAGCUCUUGUGCUUCAGGCUUUUGCGAACGCUGAGAGCAAGGAGAAAGAAGCUUAUUUGGAAAUACUCCGGCAAUACAAGAACAACAAUGAUCUCAGACGUGGUCAUGUGGAAUUUAUUCAGGUCGCCCUCAAAUACAUGGACGAGUUUGGCGUAAAUCGGGAUCUGGAUGUGUACAAGACUCUGUUGGACGUGCUUCCCAAGGGUAAAUUUAUUCCCACCAACUUUUUCCAAACAAUGGUAAUGCAUUAUCCAAAACAGCAGUACGUAGCUAUCGACUUGCUGUGCAAAAUGGAGAAGAAUUGCGUGAUGCCAGAUGUGGAGAUGCAGGACAUGCUGCUAAAUAUCUUCGGGAAACACGGUGCUCCGCUGAAAAAGUUUUGGAGAAUGAUGUACUGGAUGCCCAAGUUUGUCAACUUGAAUCCUUGGCCUUGUCCCAGACCAGCACCCAAGGAUCCACGAGUACUUGCGAGAUUAGCAAUGAGCAAGAUAUCUAGUAUAGAUGUGCAGACUAAGAUCGUAGAGUUUGAGACCAAGGAUGUACAAGAUGCCGUUGAGGAUACGUGGAUUGUAUCCGCCAUGAGCAGCUUACAAGAAAAAUUAUUGAAAACGCAAUCUCCUAACAGUCCAAUUUUUGUCGAAGGACCAUAUACAGUUUGGGUUGCAGAUCAAUGUAUAGACUAUUUUGUGCUGAGAGGAGAGAUGAGAAAGAAAAAGGAGUAUGAAGAUAUUGAUGAUGUUUCAAAUAUUAGAAUUCCUUUCUGGGAUAAAAAGGAAAUAAUCCCUGCUCCUACAGUCCACGAGCAAGAUGAUGGCACAUACUUUGCGAUGUGCGCAACAGGUACAUCUACGAAAGAUUCUCUAUUGUCCUGGAUACGAUGUCUGCAAAAACAGAAUCCUAUCUUAAAUGUAAUCCCGAUAAUGUUUAAAGUGGCAUCACUUUCGAAAGAACAGCUGUACAUCGAAACUGAAAAGAGCAAUGAAAUAGUGCAUACAAAAAAUUAAUGUCAAAAGUAGAAAUAAUUAAACUAUUAAAAACUGAAUAUAGUAAAGUGAUGCAUAUACAGGGUGAGUUUUUUAACUUGAGAUUGCAAAAUAAACUGUUAAAAUAAA